AUGAAUCCAAAGGCACCGCCGGUCUUGGCCUUGGAGCCACGGCUGGAUAGCACACUCAUCCGCCCAUGGCUCUUUGAGCCGCUGGAGAUGGCCCCAAAAAGAAUACUGGUGCCAGCUUCCAAGGCAAGAUUGCAUGCAAAUUAUGACUCAUUUAUGUUGUGUGGCUCUUCUGGGUUUUUGUUGAAGGUUCUAAUGGAGGCAGAUACUGCUGAAGUGAAGUCAAAGAUGGAAGAUUAUGAAGUUAUAGAGCAGAUUGGAAGAGGAGCUUUUGGUUCUGCUUUUCUUGUUCUUCAUAAAAAUGAAAAAAGAAAAAUUGUGAGUUGGGCUUCACAGUGGUAUGUGUUGAAGAAGAUUCGCUUGGCUAAGCAGACAGAGAAGUUUAAGCGCACAGCUCAUCAGGAGAUGAACUUGAUUGCGAAACUAAAUAACCCUUACAUUGUGGACUACAAGGAUUCUUGGGUAGACAAGGGAAACUGUGUAUGCAUUGUAACAGGCUACUGUGAAGGAGGAGACAUGGCUGGGAUUAUAAAAAAGGCCAGAGGAAUAUUUUUCCCAGAGGAGAAACUCUGCAAAUGGCUGGCUCAGUUGUUGCUAGCUGUGGACUACUUGCAUUCCAACCGUGUCCUUCACAGGGAUCUAAAGUGUUCCAACAUAUUCCUUACAAAGGACAAUGACGUUCGCCUUGGUGACUUUGGACUUGCAAAGCUGCUCAACACAGAGGACCUAGCUUCUUCGGUAGUUGGCACUCCUAAUUACAUGUGUCCCGAGCUCCUAGCAGAUAUACCUUAUGGCUACAAAUCUGACAUAUGGUCACUUGGUUGCUGUAUGUUUGAAAUUGCAGCACAUCAACCAGCAUUUAGAGCUCCUGAUAUGGCUGGACUUGUCAACAAAAUAAACAGAUCCUCCAUUUCUCCUCUUCCAAUUGUGUAUUCUUCCUCGCUGAAACAAAUUAUUAAGAGCAUGCUGAGGAAGAACCCAGAACACAGACCAACGGCUGCAGAAUUAUUGAGGCAUCCACAUUUGCAACCACAUCUCCUCCGUUGCCGCAAUGCAUCUUCAGUUUUUCUUCCAAUAUUUCCCAUAAACAACUCAAAGGAGAAAACCAGAAGAAAAUCAUUGCCUGCCAAACUUAGUGUUGUCAUAGACAACAGAGGCGAGGAAGUUGGUGCAUCGAAGCAGCCAGAAAAUGAACAUCCAUUUGGGAGAAAUAUUGUUGCACAACGAAGCAAUUUACCUCAGAAUGACAAGCCAACAUCAAUGUCUAGCACAGAAGACAACCUUGAAAACAAGACGGUUGAUCCUACUAGCUGUUCAGUGGAAGUAUCUGAUGGUCCUAAAGACAGCUCCACUGAUUCUGAAACAAGUGUUUGCAAUGGCGAGAAGCAAGCAAAUUGUAGCAGUCCACCUCAAAAGGAUGGCACUGACAUUGAGUCUACCUCAGAGAGCAUCCCAAAUUCUCAGCUUGAAGAAGAAGAACCCAGUGUUGUGCAUUUUCAACAUCUGCAAGAGGUUGAUGUCAAAAUUGUGACAACAAAGGAUCAAGCAACAUUUUGCAGCGGACAAGUUCCUGAAGAACUUCAAACAGAGGGGCAGAGGGAUACAGUGGAUGAAACGAGGAAACUGGAAAUGCCUAGUCUAAGUUGUGUCAAUCAUGAUGCCUCCUCUGAUGAUAAAAGCCCACCUUCAACUGUAAACGAACCUUAUGCGGAGGUCUUACAGAAACCAGAAAGUCCAGAUGUGUACACAGAAAGUGCUCAUAUGGACUUCUUGUCAUCUGAAACUAAUGAUGUACUUCCAUGUAAAGAUGAAAUACAAGAAAAACCAGAAAGCAACAAUUGCUCCACCGAGACAGAGAAAGAUGAUAUUCAUGCCAUGAGUAAUGCACAAUUGCUGAGUACGCUCGCUGCACUAACUGGCGAUGAAACCAAGAGCGAUUGGGAGAAUCCGACUCAACAAAGGGCUGAUGCUCUAGAGUCUUUGCUAGAGCUAUGUGCACGGCUACUUAAGCAGGAAAAAAUUGAUGAGCUCGCUGGUGUGCUAAAGCCAUUUGGAGAAGAAAUGGUCUCGUCCAGAGAAACAGCAAUCUGGUUGACAAAAAGCCUCAUGUCUCAACAAAAACUUAAUGGAGGGACCUGA